AUGUCCCAAUUUGCAGAAAAGGUACAGUGCACCAGGACUUCCAAGAAAACACCAUUCAAGCAAAUCCCGGUGGAAGAAUGGCGCAUGGAGAUCCUCAAUGAUGUCAUGUCCAAAGCAUACAAGGGGGAAACUGUGGACCCCUACCUCUUCUCCUCCGCCAAGGACAAACUCAGGACAAUGAAGCUAGGCAUGAGAUAUGUGGUCACAAACCCCAAACUGUCCCUCAUUGAUGAAUUGGGCCACGGCUUUGGCCGUUUCCUGCUCGUUUUGAGAGGGCGUGGGAUCGUCAUCCUCGCAGCAGAAAAGGAAUGA